AUGUCCAGUUCUCUGCUCGUUCCCCAACAUGUUGCAUAUAUCGCAGCUCUUGGAGAUAGCAAACAUGAGCUGUCCUAUCAUCUCUCGGCUCACCUAAGGAUGAACGCAGUGUACUGGGGCUUGACUGCUCUUUUGAUCAUGGGACAUGGGGACGCGUUGGAUCGCGAUGAGAUGAUAGAUUUUGUUAUGAGCUGCUGGGAUGAGGAGGCAGGCGCUUUUAGCGCUCAUCCUGAUCAUGACGCGCACCUGCUUUCUACUCUCAGCGCAAUACAAAUUUUGUUAAUGCAGGAUGCGCUCAAUAGAGUCGAUGUUGACCGCGUUGUGAAAUUCAUUUUAUCUUUGCAGCAACCUUCUGGAGUUUUUGCGGGCGACGCCUUCGGGGAAACUGAUACACGGUUUUCGUAUUGUGCGGUCAACGCUCUCUCGCUUCUUGGCAAGCUUGAUGAAUUGGACGUUGAGAAAACGGUCGCAUAUAUCAGGCGUUGCAGGAAUUUUGAUGGUGGAUUUGGCCACGUUGCGGGUGCCGAAAGUCAUGCUUCACAAGUAUUUGUUUGCGUUGCGGCACUCGCUAUCCUGGACAGAUUGGAUGAGGUCGAUCAGCCAACCUUGUGUUGGUGGUUAUCGGAACGACAAUUACCGAAUGGAGGACUUAACGGGCGCCCUGAAAAGCUGGAAGAUGUUUGCUACAGCUUCUGGGUGUUAUCCGCCCUUGCUAUCCUUAACAAGCUCGCAUGGAUAGACUCGAGUAAGCUGGAAGCCUUCAUUCUCUCUGCGCAAGACACCGAGUCAGGAGGUAUUGCCGACCGCCCGGGCGAUAUGCCUGAUGUCUUCCAUACGAUAUUUGGCUUGGCCGGUCUGUCAUUACUAGGAUACCCGGCACUAGUGGACCUUGACCCGGUGUACUGCAUGCCUGCGAGCAUCAUUGAAAAUUUGGGUCUCAGGAAGGGGUGGAAGGCUUUGCAGAGAAGGACUUCGUGA